GAGAAAAACGCGAAUCAUCGAGGAAAUUCACACUGCAAACGCUGAGGCUGUAGAGACCGAGGAAACUCGCGCCCGCGGCUGCGUCGAACCGAGCUCGACAUUCUCUCUCCUGAGAGGAUACGUGCAGCGCUUCUUCUCCCGCGAGGACCACGGCCGACCCUUUGCAUUCUUCCGGAGUUCUCCUCUGCUUCGUUGUGUCGGUGCAGAGACUCGAAAUCCCCCUUUUCCUCUGCUCGAGAACGCAGUUUUUCCCUGGCCCAGGGCGUAAAAGGAAGGGAGUCGAGGCUGUCAGCCGAACCCGAGAAAAGCAGCUGUCUUCUGAAACGCAGCUCCGGGGUGGCGAGAGAGGGGUGCAAGGAGUCUCUCGAGGCGUCUCUCUUUGUAGUCGUUUCCAUCCCGGACAGUUCACACACCGACGCAGUCCAUUUUGUGGCGCCUCGUCGCUUCUGUUUGUCUUUCGACCGCCAUCUCUCGUCCCUCGCUCCUUUUCUCCUCUGCGCGGCUCUCUGCAGAGUGGCGCGCGAUUUCUCGGAGCCGCGCCUGACCUCACGACUUGCUCUCGGGUGGACAAAGAAGGAGCGUCCGUCGCCUCUCCGCAAGAAGACUCUCCACUCACGAGUGUGUAGAAGUCUGGUCUGUCGCCUCGACGCGUUGUGCGGCCUUUCACCGCCGAUGUACCGGACUCUGGGUGGCCAGGGGCGAGAGAGGACGGGAGGAGAGGCAUCUCACGUCAGACGAGGGGGAGGACAGCCGGGAGAAGAGAAAGCGGAGACUCGAGGAACAACGAGUCGAAGAAAGAAGUCUCACUUGGAGAAUACGCGAGGUUCUUCUCCCCGGGAGAUAAGAAACCGACAAGAACACAGACAGAGGUUGGCCGACGCGAGAGUCUCGUCGCCUCCUGACAGCUGCCUUCCUGCGAGAGAACGCCGCCAGUUUUUCAGAAGCUCACUCAGAUGGCUUGGGCGUCUUGCCGACUCACUCACUGAAGCACAUGCGUCUCUUUCACGUAGGGGAAUGCCUCCCGCGCAUCGAGAUCCUGCUGGCUAGGCGAACUCACAACGCUUCAUGAAUGUAACGCGUUUUUUGUCCCUUUGUAGGUGCCGGCAUUCUCGUUUUCUCCCUUCCUCCAAGAUUGCGGGCCGAAAUUGCCUGGGCUUUUUCCCUCUUUCUCGAGAUUCUCCCCUGGCUUUCUUCACACAAAGCAGAAACACACGAAUGCGUUUCUCACUCGCGAAGGGAAGCAACUCGCUUCGGUUCAAGAGAAAAAGUCCGCGCGCGAGCGCAUGUGUCGUCGAGAAACGAACAAAAUUCGGUGGCGGUCUGAUUAAUUUUUUCACCUACGUGUACACGCGUUUUCAGUCAUGUCAGGGGUGCCUCUUGGGGUCCUUGAAUCGGGGUGUAUGUACAGCUCUCGAGGGUCACACUAGUUAUGCCUACGUCGUCAUCUUCUGACUUCCUUUCGAAGCCUGAAUUGUUGGAUCCACGUUUGGAUGCGCAAACCGACUUCUCGGCACCCAUCUGCAGUGGGAACUACGGAGGCGUUUCCCCAAGAAUCAACACUCGACGACCGACGCGAAACUUCUUCAAGCAUUUUUCGCACGCAGUGCCUCCAGUCUACCAUUGCCGCGCGUCACUUCUUGCCGCGCAAAGUUUCCCUUCUUUCGAUUGCCGAGCUCGAAUUCUAACUUCUGUCGAGAGAGAAAUUCAUCCGAACGCCCUUCUCGCAGUUGCGCCCCGCCCUCUGAGGUGUACGUAUACCCAAGCCGCGGCGCGGGCCCUGGGCAUCUGAAGGAGGCACCGGAGGUGGUGCAUGUUCGCCGAUGGACAAGGUCGAGCAGUUUUAUGAAACGCAUUCUUUGUGUGUGAAAACGCGGGCCACCGAGGACGAAAUGGAGGAGAAAGGAGUUGUUGACGACGGGGCUUUCACGGAAAACGGGGUCGUCACCGUAAAUGAGACCACGAUGAUGCCUCGAGAGUCUCUACAGGAGGGCAGCGACCGCCUCAGUUCGCACUCCCACACGAGUUCUUCCCGUGCAAAGGAGGCAGACAUCUUCGAGGAGACGCGAGGCUCAGGUUUCGGCUUUUGCGAAGGAGACACCGGGGCUGGCGAAUCUCCUCGUCUGCUGGACGAGAGACCGCAUUCGUUGUGUGCGGAGAGAUGCGCCAUGAGUGAAGAGCCCCAAGAGAGUGCGUCUGAGGCGUCGUCUUGUCUCCCUCGGGGUGUCUCGGCCUCUCCACAGGAAACGUGCAGCUGUUUUCCGGUGCUGUCUCCUCCGCCCCUGGCUCCAGAGCCUCUCGAAACCGCCGCUGCUGCGUAUCCAGAAAGAGACGAGUUUCUCCAGUCCUCUGUCAACUUUGAAAAGGCCCCGCCUCCGUGUGCUCUUCCCUGCUCAGACGGAUGCUAUAGGAGCGCUGCCUUCUGUCCUUGCUGUGCAGCUUUUGAAGGCCAUUCGGACAUACAUGCGAAGUUCUUCCACGCACAUCCUACAGCAGGCCCCUCCGACUUUUUCCCCUACGCGCCUCUCGUCCUUCCUCCCGGAACCUCUCCACACAUGCACCUGGUGCCCGACUCAGCUGUCUGUUCCACCCACGUCUCCAGUGUCUCCUGUUCGUCGCUGGCGGCCCGAGCUGCGGCGCGCAGACGCGAGCAGCAGCUGCGGCUCUGGCAGAGACUGCAAGAAGUUCGGAGGGAGAAGAAGGAAGUGUUUCACCUGCUUCGCGAGCUGGACGGGAAGCCCCUGGGGGCGGGGCUCGUCGGGCUUCGCGGGUUCGAGGGGUGGGGCGCGGGGCCUCGGGGCCCGAGGAGCCCGCAGGUGCCUACGGGCACGUUGGGCUCCAGACGCGUUCGGGGGCCGAGCCGAAGUGUGCCUGCCUCAAGCGCAGACCGAAGGAGACAGCAUCGCGACGAGGCUUGCCUCUGGGAGGAGUUGCUUCCUUUCCAAGAACCGCACGCAGGUGGCAGGAGUGCGAGUGCUCAGAGUUUCGAUGGCGCUUGCGGCUUCUGGGGCGCGAACCCCUGGACGCCUCACACAAGCAGGGUGGACCUUCGAGGCUCAGAGUCUGAAAGAGCCACCCGAAGCAGAGCUGGAUUUGUGUCUGCUGGGUCCUCGCCCUCGAGAGUCGGAGAGCUGAAGACGUUGUUUCCGAAAAAGUCGAAGAAGAAACCUUGGGAUGACUCGAAGAGUGACUUAUCCCGCUUCCGGGCGACGCCCUCAGAGCUUCUUUCGCGACGCCUGAGAAGCACGUCGCCGCAUGCAGCAGUCGCGGCCGCGGAAUAUCGCAUGAAGCUGUACCUGAUGGAGCAGGACUUGCGGCCGUUCAUCGAAAAGUACAAGCGAGACUGUCCAGGGGCCUUGAAGGAGGAGGAAGAGCGGCGCAUGCGCCAAGAGAAACUCGAGCUCUUCAGGGAACAGAGGGCCUCAGUCGCAGCCUCCAUCUGCUCCUCUGCCUGUCUGUGCACGCAAAAGCAGACCGAACACGGACCAUUCGGCGCGAGUGCUGGAGGCCGAAUUCGACGCGCAAUCAGCUGCGCCGCUGUCGGUCCUCGGGACGCGAAGCAGGAACCACGGCAAGAAUCGCUCCUGUCUAGAACGCGACCCCACACAGCCUGUGGUCACUUGCGCGGGGGCGAGAGACCCGCACGCGCCCCAGCCGGGGACUGUCUCGAUGCCCAGGAUGUUCCGCGGAGGGACGAGGCGAGACCUGGCUUUCUGACUGUCUUCCCGCCUCCUCCAGGAAGAAGUCUCCUCGCCAGGGGGCGGCGCGACUCGCCUUGCCGAGACGCCGCCGCGGCGCGCCCGAAACGGAGUCCGGAGCCCGGGGCCUCGGCGGAGACACGCGGCCUGUGCGAAGAACUCAAAGAACUCAAAGGGUCAGUCGCCAACAUCGAUAUCGAUGUCAGGAGAACUCCAGAUGGCCCCAUCCGCGCGACAGUCAGGACUAGCUCGUCUCCUCUAUCGGCAGCGCGGACGCUCCCGAGAGAACCGGGAAGCGAAGACGUUCCGAGACUCCACGCCUACCCCGCUCGUCAGGAUGGUGAAGGAGACCGAGCGAGGAAGGAAGUGUCUCCGGGAGAAGAAGCAGGGGCUCCACUGUCUCCGAGCCCCGUCGAUGUCGAGGCAGAGCUGAAGCUCCUUGACGACAUUGCGGCGCAGCUUGACUGUCUGGACGUCACCUUUCCUUAUUCGCACUCUGUCACUCCCUCGUUUCCUCCGUUUCGCGCGCGGACGGGAGGCUCUUCUCUUAAACCACCCUCCAAGUUGUCUCCCAGCACCGAGCCGGGCAGCAGAGAAGCUGGCGGACCCCACCAGUGUGGAGAGGAGACAGGCCGACUUUGCUCACCGUCUGGCGUCGCUCAGGCUCUCGCGAGCAGUCUAGCGUCCUCCGUCGAAGAGACAGGCUGUCCUCCUCCCCAGCCUGCGUUGCCUCCCGAUGCCUCCUCGAUGCCGCAGGCCCCACACGGAGACACCAAAGACACAAACUCUUCUUCUCUGCAUUCGUCCCCAAAUUACGAAAAGGGCGACUGCGGAGCUCCUUCGUUCCCCGACCUGCGAGAUACAUAUCUGGGAAGCAGAGAGGCUGCGAGAUGUCGACAGCAACAACUGGAAUUGAUUCAGAACCAGCUUCAGCGCAUGCAGUCUGAAGUUGACAGUCGCUGGAGCUUGCACCAAGUUCCUAUGUUCGCUUCCGGCUUUCACUCCUCUCCUGAUUCGUCUCUCUUUAAUUUCUCAAAGUCGCCUCCAUCUCACCGAUCUUCCCUGCCUCCCAGCGCCCCGACGCAAGCUCGAGUGACUCUUCCUCUUCCCGACUCCUCGUCUGUUUCUCUCGCCAGCGUCCCUUCCGUUUCUCCUUCCCCUUUUCCCUCAGCGCCUUUCUCCAGAUCCUCUGCGUCUCUUUCUGGAGCGAAGCCACAGCGGGUUGCGCAGACGCAUUCUUCCUCCAGUUUGACUUCGCUCAUCAGAGAACAGUCUGAGGCGCUUCUGGGCGAGUGCGCCGACGUCGUCGAGAAGCUGAGAGAGCACCAAGUUCGCAUGCAGCAGGAGCUGAGAGCCGAGGGGACUUCGCAACUGCAAGCAGACAGUGCCCGGCGUCGUCGGAGUGGGCGGAAGGGUGGAACCUUUUCAAGCGAAGACUUCUCAGAUGAAAAUGUCGCGCCUAGAAACUCUGCACUUGGAAAGGAAAUUGCGAGAGCGCAAGGUUCACUCGGCCCUGAUCUUCUCUCUGGGGGCGUCUGGCGAGGCAGCUCUGGAAGAGACGGAGGCGCAGAGAAGAAGCAAAAUGCACCUUGUCUGAAAGGACUUCAGAGAACAGAAGAGAUCGCACGACGUCGAAACCAGUCGCGAGUCAGUCCUAGUGGAGAGGCAGUGCCGAGAGGCAGACGUCCAGAAAGGGAGACAGUCUCUCACGAAGUAUCGACGCGACUCGGAGAAGACGUGACUGGGAUGUUUCGGAACUCGCGGAGAAACUCGUCAAACAUCGUCACGGGAGGAAGCUUCGCUGCACAGACGGCGCGAAAGAAAGAAGAUGGCGAAGCACUGAAUCGCUUUCAAGAGGCCGAUUCAAGAAGUCUCCUCUGCAGAGCCCAGGACACAGAUCCGUACACGGUCACGAAGAAUCUAAGAGGCAUCCAGGUGUCGCUAGCAGGCUGCGAGGAAACAGAGACAGCAGUCGGCAGAGUCAUUGCAAUCGACGUCCAAGUUCGGCGACCUAAACAUCAAAACGCACUUGAAGAACUUCGAGACGAAGACGCAAGUCCGGAAAGGGUGCGACCGCGAAGCAUGCUCGCAGCGCAGAGCCAAGCAGGCAAGAGAGAACUGGUGCGACGGCCGCGGUCGUAUCUCACGAGGUAGAGCCCUGAGGAAGAACAAGAGAUAACGCAUGCAGUCGGAGACAACUCGCACCAGUAUAUUCGCCAAAACAACAGGCGAACACACAUUUCCAUGUUCUGUACAUACAUUUAUUGCUAUAUGUGUACAUUUAUAUGUAUGUUUAUUUCAUCAUCAUAUAUAUAUAUAUAUAUGUUCAGAUGUAUAUGGGAGGAGGUAGUUGCUUUUCCCCAGUGUUUCUGGAGCUUGGCCAGACAGACACACAGUUCAACAGGGCGAGCGUCAGUUGUGUAGUAGACACGAGCGAAGAGCCAGACGCUCAUCGACCGCGGUGCACAGCCAGGAGAGCGGAGAAGUGAGGGAAGAAAGGAGAUGGAAAAAGCUUUCAGGGAGCAGAAUGAGGAAACAGGAGCAAAGUAAAAGAUUCGCAAGGAGCUGUCUCUUGCUUCUGAUUUUCCGCCUCUUUUUGUGCCAAAAUUGAGAUAAGGGAUGCGACGCUUUUUUUCUGACACCGCCGAAAAACACGGUUCUUUUUUUCCAGUGCAGCUUGCAUGUCGAGAGAACUCGUCUUCUCUCCUUAGCCUUUUGUGCGAGAGUCAUUCUCGAACUUCCACGAGUCUUCUGUGAAGUUGAGAGCGUACAACGGUGCCCUCGACUUGAUUUUGGUUCCUUAAAUCCAGCGAAAAAACACUCAGACUCUCCCUCUUGUCGCACUGCAUUUUCUUCGCUUCUCCGUCUUCCUCUCUCUCUUUCCCCCUCUCUGUCACGCUCUUUUCCUCUUUCGUUUGUUCUUCCCUUUUGUCCCCGCUUCGCUCUUUGUGUGUCUCUUCCGUUUCCUUUGUCUUCCCCUUAGUCUAAGUAAUUUGCUGCUCGGAGGCUCGCCUGCCGUGGCAUCGCUUGAACCUCUGCGUUCUUUGUUCAUUGCAUCUUUCUCCGAAAAAAUAUAUGUUCGUUCCUAAACAGGGACAAGCAGCAUUGCCUCAGCUGAGAGAGCAGUGGCGCUUCUGCCGUCUGUGCCCAUUUGAAAUGAGUUUCUUAGGAAUGGAAUCCGUUCCCUCUCGUGAAUGCGAUGUAGGAGUACUGCAGUACCUGUAUUGGGUUGAUAUGCAUGUGAAAUGCGCAAGAAAGGUGCACAUGGGGCGUCUGUGCCGGUUCCUGAACAGUCAAACGCUGAAGCUUGUAACCGUGGUUGACAUCUGGGGAUAAACAGCGCGUGGAAGUGCCAGAC